AUGAAAAUAGACUUGCGUCUUGUUGCUGCUCGCUCGAACAAACGACUUUCCGAUAAUGGAUAUGACAAAUUUGCCAAAUUUAUUUCCGAGCCAAAGUUCUAUAAAGAUAAGAGGAAGGCUGUUUUUGCCUCAAAGGCUUUACUAAAUUCAAUAAUCCGCAAGAACCCCUUUAUUAAUUGUCAAGAGAUUCAUGUUCCUUAUGUGAUUGUGAUGGUAUUCGAGUUGCACUUGUGCUCUUUGUCUUUGAGUCGCAAAAAGACAUACAUCACAAGAAACCUAAAGAGUGUUUCCUUUCCCUCGACUCUUGAUAAUCUUCCUGAAGCAUUAGCCAAUGGUCUUUUAGGUCUUUUGCCAAGAGGCUGGUUACCAAGGGUACUAGAAGGAAAAGCAUGGAUGAUUUCUUGCCUCUUCUUCAAAUACGAACAGCAACAAUGGCUGGCCAACCAAGAUAUUAUGGGAGGAUGUGGACGAGGAGGUGAGGGUAUGGGAGACAUGAAGGAUGAACUGUCUGAAGACGAUGAUGUCGAGGAAGAGAAUGAUGACGACGAUCAGGAGUAG